AUGGAUUCCCACUUUCUGGAGAAGAUAGGAUUUAUCUCAAACCAAAUCUCCAGAGAUAAACUUAAACCAGGAGAUCACAUCUAUUCAUGGCGUAACGCUUAUAUCUACUCUCAUCACGGAAUAUAUAUAGGCGAUGAGAAAGUCAUUCAUUUCACUUGUGGAGGUGGUCUAGAAACUGGAACUGGGACCUUCUUGGACAAGAUCGUCGUUAGUGUCAUCCCUAAUCAUAAAGGAGACAAUCCUUGUUCUAAUUGUGAAGAGCAAUUGAAUCUCGAAGGUGUAAUCUCUUCUUGCCUUGACUGCUUUCUCGCCGGAGGAAACAUCUAUCUUUUCGAGUACAGUGUCUCUCCAGCUGCAUUUAUCGCCAAACCUCGACGCGGCACAUGCACUAUAGCACCUUCGGAUCCCUGCGAUGAAGUCAUUUCCCGCGCCAAAUACCUCUUAUUGCGGAAUGGGUUUGGUGAUUACCAUGCUUUGGAAAACAAUUGUGAAGAUUUUGCAAUAUAUUGUAAAACAAGCUUGCUGGUCGGAAAAGACUAUGUGUUGGGAAGGGGCGGUCAAGCCAGCUCAGUGAGUGCAGCUGCGUGGCUUGCGCAACUUAGUCCUUUCGGCAGCAAAGCUAUUCAGCUAUUUGCAGAUAUUGGUAUGAGAAAGGAUGCUAUUAAGGUGCCCGUCGAGAGCCUCGUUCCUCGCGCAUAUGCUACUGGUACCUCUAGAAAUAGAAGGUGA